GCGAGAGAGAGCGAGCGCGCCACCAACCCUGCCCGCCCGUCUCCGCUUGCAGAGGCCGCCGGGGCCGUGGAUGGGGAGGGCGCGCCGCCCGGCGGUCCCCGCGAACACGCGUCCACGAUGAGGGUCAACGAGAAGUACUCGACGCUGCCGGCCGAGGACCGCAGCGUCCACAUUCUCAACAUCUGCGCCAUCGAGGACCUGGGCUACCUGCCGUCCGAGGGCACGCUGCUCAACUCCUUGUCGGUGGACCCAGAUGUGCAGUGUAAAUAUGGCCUGUACUUCCGCGAUGGCAAACGCAAGGUGGACUACAUCCUGGUGUAUCACCACAAGCGGCCAUCGGGCAGCAGGCCCCUGGCCAGGAGGUCCCAGCACAGUGACGUCAGUGUGGGGACCCGCAGUGUCAAGCAGGACCAGCCCCUGCCGGGGAAGGGGGAGCCAGUGGACGUGGGCUCGCCCGAGGCCCCCAUGGACUACCACGAGGACGACAAAUGCUUCCGCAGGCAGGAGUACGAGGGGAACCUGCUGGAGGCCGGCCUGGAGCUGGAGCACGACGAGGAGACCAAAAUUCACGGGACCGGUUUUGUGAAGGUCCAUGCGCCCUGGAACGUACUGUGCCGAGAAGCUGAGUUUUUGAAACUGAAGAUGCCGACAAAGAAGAUGUAUCACAUCAGCGAGACCCGGGGCCUCCUGAAAACCAUCAGCACCGUCCUGCAGAAGAUCACAGACCCCAUCCAGCCCAGGGUGGCCGAGCACAGGCCCCAGACCAUGAAGAGACUCUUCUACCCCUUCUCCCGGGAGAAGCAGCACCUGUUCGACCUAUCUGACAAGGAUUCCUUCUUUGACAGCAAAACCCGGAGCACAAUAGUCUAUGAAAUCUUGAAAAGAACGACGUGUACCAAGGCCAAGUACAGCAUGGGCAUCACCAGCCUGCUGGCCAAUGGCGUGUACUCGGCUGCAUACCCACUGCAUGAUGGAGACUACAAAGGUGAAAACAUCAAGUUCAACGACAGAAGACUCCUGUACGAGGAGUGGGCAAGCUAUGGGGUCUUCUACAAGUACCAGCCCAUUGAUCUGGUCAGGAAGUACUUCGGGGAGAAGAUCGGUCUGUAUUUCGCCUGGCUGGGUGCGUACACCCAGAUGCUCAUCCCCGCGUCAAUCGUGGGCAUCAUCGUCUUCCUCUAUGGCUGCGCCACUGUGGACCAAAACAUCCCCAGCAUGGAGAUGUGUGACCAGAAAAACAAUAUCACCAUGUGCCCGCUCUGUGACAAGACCUGCAGCUACUGGAAGCUGAGCUCGGCCUGCGCCACAGCCCGUGCCAGUCACCUCUUUGACAACCCUGCCACCGUCUUCUUCUCCAUCUUCAUGGCCCUCUGGGCCGCCACCUUCAUGGAGCACUGGAAGAGGAAACAGAUGCGACUCAAUUAUCUCUGGGACCUCACAGGCUUCGAGGAGGAGGAGGAGGCUGUCAAGGAUCACCCCCGAGCCGAAUACGAAGCCAGAGUGUUGGAGAAGUCCCUGAGGAAGGAGUACAGAAACAAAGAGGUACGUGCCACUAAGCGCUGGGACCAGGGGCCAGCAGGCACCAUGUCCCCGGUCGUGUGUGGACCUGGGAUUAAUAUUGUGGAUCCGGUCACCUACGCUGUAGCUACUCGGUUCUGCCGUGGUAGUGUGGAAGUGGCACUGGGCCAUAA